AUGAAACGCGUCGCAAUCAUCGGCGCCGGUCCUAGCGGCCUUCCGUCAAUAAGACAUGCACUGCUCUAUGGUUUUGAACCGGUGGUUUUCGAGAUGUCAGACAAAGUUGGUGGUUUGUGGAACUACAAGCCACACGACAGCGAAGAUGCGUCUGUGAUGAAAUCUACCGUAAUCAACUCGUCUAAGGAGAUGAGCGCGUACAGUGAUUUUCCACCUAAGCCACAAGUUGCAAAUUAUAUGCACAAUAGGAAAUUGCUAGAGGUUAGUCACUUUAGUAAAACAAAAACUGAAUAGUA